ACGUACAUUACGCGGAUAGACUGGAAUUUUCUCGAAACAUACCUGGAAAACCUGGAAAAGUCAGGGAAUUUCAUUCUCCUGUUUGAGUGGCAACCCUGUUAUUAUCAUAUUGCACAUAAUUCUAUGCAUUUUAACUAGUUAUUUAUUCUGUUGAAAAGUUAGAAAUUUAUUUAUUUAUUCAUUUGGGUUAUGUAUAUGCUGUUCUUGCUUUAUUAUUAAUUGAGGUUUUAUACAAUAUUUAAAAUUUUUUAGAUCUCAGGAUGAGGUCUUUAACAUUUUUUUGAAGGUUUUCCUGUACAAAUUAAUAGUAACUUUAUUUGAUUUGCACCAUUUCAAUUUAUGAAAGACUUUCCAGGAAUGUCAACUUCCAGAAAGUAAUAGAGGCAUAUUCAAAUUUACAUUCCUUAAAAAUGUGAAUUUUUAAGAAAAAUUUCUAGUUAUUCAGACUUGCUGCAUGUUUUUAGCUAAAUAAUUUGUAUUUUAUGUGUGCAUGGUUUGAAACCAGCUGUUUAAGAAAAUUUACUUGCUAUGAAAUCUAUAUUUAGAAAUGAAUGUGAUGAUAAUAUAAAAGCAGUAUUGUAAGUUCAAUUUUUUUUUCAGUGUAAUGAAAUAAAUCACAAAAAGGAUUUAUUUCAUUUGAUUGUAAUGAAUCACAAAAUGUAAUCGUAGAUUAUUUCUGUUUAUUAAUAUGUAAUCACAUUUGCUCAUUAUGUUUGCAUUUAUGUAUACUUAUUUCAUAUCUAUAUUUUUCAUUUUCGUAUUUAUAAUAAUAAUAAAAAAAUUUAAGAAUUUUUCUAUUUAGUCAUUAAAAAUGUAAUGUAAUUGAAACUGAAGAUUAAAUAUCAAAUAUUAUAACUAAAGAAUAUAAGUAACAGUAAAAAAGAACAUUAUAAUGCAGUAUAUAGGUGUCUUUUAACUGAGGAAUAUAUUGAUAGUUUCAUUUUGAAUUUAUUAUAAUGAUAAUAUGCUUAAUGUUUAUAACAACUUGUAAUUAUUAAUAAUAUGAUUAUUUUGCUGUGAAAUAUUUAAGAACAGUUUUAAAUGGAAGCAUUGUGAAUUAGCAAAUGUAUAAUAAAACUAAAUCUCUCACAAAAGUGUGAUGUUUUAUACGUAAUAAAAAUGUAACUCUAUAAUGGAUAAAAAAUUAGAAACAGUAAUAGAGAAAUUAUACCUAAAAGAUAAUCUUGAUGUGGAAAAUGAAUAUACAAAUGUGAAAUUUCCAUAGUGUUUCAAAUAUGUUAUUUGGAUAAUUUCACAUGAUGAAGAAUUUUCGAAAAAGCUGAAAGAAAAUUUCACGCGAUUGAUGUUAUCAGAUAGUGUAAAAAGCUCCUUGCUGUGCUGCUAAGUUAUAUGGGAAAGGAUGGGCAUAGGUGUAUGGAUCUUUUGGACUGUAUUUUCAGACCAUACUUGAAUGCAUUUUAGAUGUAUAUUAAGAGACUGGGUUAAGUCAGUGUGCAGCGAUGUACGUAGAUUUUGGCAAAACUUCAGUUUCCUGAAACUGAAGGGAGUAGAAAAAUAUUUUUUGAUAAUUUAAAAUUUGAUUUAUUGGGAAAUCUAACAUUAAUUUUUAAUUCUACAUUUCAGUAUUCAGUUUGAUUUGUUGAAAAUUUUCAUUUGACAGAACUGAAGCAAUCAGUGUUCUACUGUAAUGUAAUAGAAAAUGUAAUUGGCUCACUAUAACAGGUUAACUUUUAAAUAGAGUACAUUCUAAUACAAGAAUGGUAAUAUUCUACUAACUGUUCUUAGACAUGUAUGGUUUUCCUUCCAAGCAAUGUGUCUCAGUACUGGAAGAUUGUUUUUACAUCCAUAAUUCAAAGUAAAAACCAUAUGCAAUAAAAAUUAGAAAAGUUUGAAAUGUGAACUAAUAUGCUCUUCACAUUCAGAAAGCUGAUUCAGUCUUUUCUGAGUGUAAAUAAUAUUCUAUUUAAAAGAAAAUAGUACUGUAUACUGUCAAGAAAAGGUAUAUGAAAUGGGAAGAUUCACAUUGCUUGAGUAGAAGGACAUCGGGAUAAGAGUUCAUGCCAAGUUGCAGUUACUAAAAGUACAGAGCUUCAUUACUGAUGAACAGUAAAGCUCACUGUUCAUCAGUAAUCAAUUGCUUAUGAUUGAAGCAGCAUGAGUAAGUGUUUUAUGGCACUGUAGGUAAAGAAAUUCUUUUUAAAGGGGACAGUACAAUAUAUUGGUUUACAGCAACAAUAUAGACAUUUCUGUAAAUUAAUUUUCAUAGAUUUGACGAUCAGGCUUCUCUUUCCUUAGCACUAUCAAACCUUUGUGAAACACAUCAAGGAGAUAUAGCUGUAUAAUUCUUAGUGUAUCCAUUCUCCAUCUAUAUUCUUCCAAAUAAAUUUGUAAAAAGGCUUAUUAAAGUUUAUGUAUGGUUAUCUAUUCAUAUGAAAGUAUUUAUUUCCAUUUAAAUGCAGUUAGACAUAUUACAUUUUUAUUUAUCUGAAAGUUUUUCUCAUUAAAAAAAGUGUUUAUUUUUAGAUGUUAGACACUAAUUGAGCAUUUUUCAUUUUCUUAAUGAAUUUUAGUCUAAUUCCUGUCAAAAAUGAAUGUCUGCAUACAUGAAAAUAAUUAUAUUACAUAAAAUAAACAUGAAGAAAUUGAAGAUCUUUGGCAGCCAUUUAAAUAAUGAAAGUGUGUGUAUCAUGGUAUUAAUGAUUUUCAUGAAAAUAAUUUUUCCAAAUAGUUUGAAGAAAUUAUGUCAUCAUCAUCCUUAAUAUUAUUUAAAUCAUUGCUAUUCCAUAGGAGAAAGGUGGGAAAUGCAUUAAGCAGGUACUCACCUUUAAAAAUGUAAAGCAUUUUAAUUUAGAUCUCUUAUAUAUGGAACCAGAAGAAGGGAUAUUAAUUUUGAAGUAAUUUUUCCUAAGUAUAUGCUUAUUUCAUGUUGUAAAUUUGCAUAUUAUUACUCUUAAUGUAUGAAUAAUACAUCAAAAAUAUUUUUUAGAUGCAUUGGGCAAGAUUCAAAGAACAUUUUAUGAAAAUAAUGUGACUUUACACAAGGCAGUUUCUCUGAAGACAUGCCCAUAUUGCUCCUAUUCAACUCGUUUUAACUAUGAUUUAGUCAAGCAUAUAAGAGUUCACACCGGAGAACGCCCUUUCAUGUGCAAGGUGUGUCGUAAGAAGUUUCGACAACAGUCUCAUGUGCAAACACAUAUGCUUACCCACUUUUGAUUUUUAUGUGCAAGAUGUGCUAAGUAGAAGUCAAAGAUUAUUUUACCAAAAUGUUUCACCUUAUGCAUCAAAUGAAGUUGUUUCUCUAAACUUUUGCCCAUACUGUCAGUAUUCAACACCUUACAAAGGACAUUUGCGGACUCAUACAGGUGAACGACCUUUUUCAUGUAAAACUUGUGACAAGAAAUUUCGAUAUCAGUCUCAUGUGCAAAGGCAUAUGCUUACACAUACUGGUUUGAAAAGCCAUAUUUGUGAACUCUGUGGUAAGGCUUUUGGGCGAUCUGAUGCAUUAAGAAGUCAUAAAACAUUUUGUAAAGGAAACAAGGUAUUCACCAGCUCAUACAAAACAAAGUCUUCACUAUGUGGUGCAAAAUGUGAAAUUAUUACAAAUCAUAUAACAAAUAGUCUUAGCUUUGAAGUGAUUGUUGUGGAUUCUAUGGAAUUUUUAGUUGUGCAUGUUACAUGCAUCCAUCAAGAACUUUCGGAAGACAUAUUGCUGAGUGUGUCACAUAUAACUGUAUACUACAAAAUUUUUUAUGAUGGUGCAAAGAGACCUAUUGGGCAAAUUAUGCAGUGUGAAUACUGUAAUUAUACAUCUUCAUACAGUAGUAAUUUCAAGCGCCAUAUGCAGAUUCACAGUGGAGAACGCCCUUUUAAUUGCACUCUCUGUUCUUAUACUUCAUCUCUUAGAUGCAAUUUUAAACGACACAUGUUUCUUAAUACUGGGGAGCGACCCUUUAAAUGUAAUGCGUGUAAUCGUGCUUUCAUGCUGAAAGAAAAUCUACGAUCUCAUUUAUCUGUUCAUUCAAACGUGAAGCCUUAUGCUUGUAAAAUUUGUAGUCGUUCGUUCAGAUUAAAAUGUCAAUUAAAGUAUCAUUCUGUUGGAGGUGUUGACACACACUACUCGUCAUUUAAAAGUUUGGACCCUUCUUCAUUCGUAUACAAGAUGUCAGAAAGGAUGGAUGAAUGGAACCCACCUGAAUCAUGGAAGAGAAUAACUUCCAUCUUGAUAAUUCGUGCCGGCCAUCAAAAUAAGGAUAUUAUGACUGCUGCCCAAUGCUUCCUGAACACAGUAAAAACAAUCAGGCAUGAACUAGAAACUUGCAAUGGUGACUACGAGGAUGUAGCAAGAAGAAAGAUCCCUAGCAGACGAUCUGUUUGCGUUCGUACAGCAGAAUUCCUCGCAAAUUUGCAGGAACAGAUAGGUUUAAGAUGUAAAAGUCAAGGAAAUUUUUGCCAAAAUGAUCCUUUUUCUGCAUCAGAUGAAGCAGUUUUUCUGAAUUUAUGUCCGUAUUGUCCUUAUACAAGUCGCUAUAAGGGAAAUUUGCUAAUGCAUAUACGAAUUCAUACUGGGGAACGGCCAUUUUCAUGCAAAGUUUGUGGAAAGACAUUUCGUAAUCAGUCUCAUGUAAAGAGACAUAUGCUUACCCAUGCUUGUGUUAAGUCAUAGAUGUAAAUAAUGAAUAUCUGUUUAUGGCAAUUUAAUGCAUGUAAUUAUACAAUUUGCAGGUGAUAAAUAUACAGACUUGAUAAUUUUAUUCCUGAAUAUAAUAUGCAGAGAAUAAUAAUUUUGUAGCAAGUUGACUGUGUAAUAUAAUUUGAAUAAUGUUAUGUUAUAAUUCACUGCUUUUCUGGCUGUGUAGCUCUAGUUUUUAUGGGGAUUAUUAUGAUGUGUUUAUUCUGUAUUGUACUGUUAUAUGUUAUUAAAUACCAUAAUAAUAUAUUAUUUCUGUAGUAAAAUAUCUUUUUUCUUGUUCUCUAUGCAAACAUAACCUGAUGAAAGUAUGACCUUUAGAAAGAUAUUUUUAUUGGUUGCUCAUAUUAAUUAUGUUAUAUAAAGUAGUACUUCAUAAUAAAUAAAACCCGAAAUGUAACAAUAAGCAUAUGCGUGCAUGCAUUGUUAUAAUGAUGCAUAUUUCUUUUAUGGAUCUUGAACAUGAGUGAUUAAUUUUAAAGCAUUCAAAACACAUCAGCAAUUUCAUUUUAAGAGAAAACAUUUAUUUCCUAGUGUUUUAAGCAUAAAGAAAGGGAAUUCCCAUAGCAGCUUGAUUCAAGUAUUGCAAAUGACUAAAAGUUCUAUAUGCAGAACUAAAUGGUGAAAUAUUUAAUAAAGGGUUUUUUUUAUUUCAAUGCUUGGAUUAACUUAUUUUUUCCCUUCGGUAAUUCACAUAUGUUAGGUAUGUUAAUUUAUCUUUUUAUUUUACGGAUUGGUGUAUUAUUCUUGAAAAUGCAGAAAAUUAAAUAAAGGUCAGUCCUCCCCUACUUUGAUAAUUUAAUAAUUGCAUUUUCUUAACAGCUAAUUCUUUUACUAUUAUGUGUUUCUGGGUGAGUAGAUUCAUAUAUGUAUAUAACCUUUCUUGCUAGAUUCCCGCCCUUGCUGUAAUCUUUAUAUCAGUGAAUAUGUUUUGAAAUGUAUUUAAUAUAAUUUCAGGAUGAAAUAAAUAUAUUUAAUUAAGGCAAAGCGUUCAACGUUUUUAUUUUAAAUUUAUUUCAUUUAUAUAAUA